UGCCCGCGCUGUAACCGGUCGCGUAAAACACGAAUUCCCUAACAAAUUAAAUCAGAGUGUCGCAUAUCGGGAGCCGGAGCGGCAGCAAGCGGCGCAUCGAUGCUGCAUGUGGCCUCUGAACCCAUUGUUGUGUCGCGGCUGACGUCAGUGCCGUGUGUGCGGCAGACGGAGCGGCGUACGCCUGGUGAGACAAAGGCGGCGGAGCGAGCGGGGUCAGGCGGCAGCACCGAGCGGAGCAGAGAAUCACUGGUUUAUAACUCAAAGGGAACUCCCAGCCUCGGGUUUCAGCCACGCUUCUCACUGACGAGACGGAGAAUGAAGACUCAGCGGCCCUCCUAGGAGCGUGCUGCGGCCGCCCGAGAAGACAAAACAACAUCGGUGCCCCCUUUUUGCUUUUUAACGUUUUUUCCCCUUCUCCAACGCCCCCCAUUUAGCUUGGCUAGUUAGCUGUCGCGCUAAGCUCAUUGCGCUGCACUGAUCUCCUCCUCCUUUCUUGCUGCUUCUCGUCUUUCCCUCAAGACUGAACGACAGGCGAAGAAAGGAUAUCAGCGGUCAGAUAAACUGAAGGUGAGAUCACUCCCAACAAACUGGCAUCCGUGAUCUGAUGUGAGAUCCACGGAGAAACUAUGCCUAGCCCUUUAUUUCACCCCGAGAUAAUGGACCACGACGUGGUGAUCAGCAGCCAGCACAGUGGCGUGGCUCUGCCCCGGGAGACGGACCAGGACUCCCGGGAUGAGGACCACCAAGAAGUUCUCCGUUUCGCCCUGGACCAGCUGUCACUCAUGGCCAUGGAUAAAGUGGACUGUGGGGGCGGCGGCGGUGGAGGCAACGGGCUUGUGGACACUCUGGACGGGACCCAGGGUCCGGGCUCUGAGAGCUGCAACGGCGUGGGCGGAGGGGGCUACGUGGAUUUGCAGAUGCUGGAGCAUCCCAGCGGAUCCAGGGACUCGCCGACGUCCUGCUCUCCGUCUCCGGAGUACUACGGCUCGGGCGGGUACCACAUGGCCGGGUCCCACUCCAUGCUCCACGGGGAACAAAGCUCCGUCCUCUGCAACAGGAAAAGAAGCGUGAACAUGACUGAAUGUGUGCCUGUCCCCAGCUCCGAGCAUGUCGCUGAAAUAGUGGGGAGACAAGGUUGUAAGAUCAAGGCCCUGCGUGCCAAAACAAACACCUACAUAAAGACUCCAGUCAGAGGAGAGGAUCCGGUCUUCAUCGUGACGGGGCGCAGGGAGGAUGUGGAAAUGGCCAAGCGUGAAAUUGUAUCUGCAGCCGAGCAUUUCUCCAUGAUCCGGGCGUCUCGCUGCAAAGCUGGAGGGCCAGGCGGAGGAGGCUCUCUGCCCGGCCCUCCUCACCUACCGGGACAGACCACCAUACAGGUGAGGGUCCCCUACAGAGUAGUUGGUUUAGUCGUGGGGCCGAAAGGAGCAACCAUCAAGCGCAUCCAGCAGCAGACUCACACCUACAUUGUGACCCCCAGCCGAGAGAAAGACCCCGUCUUUGAGGUGACGGGAAUGCCGGAGAACGUGGACAGAGCGAGAGAGGAGAUCGAGACCCACAUUACCCUCCGAACUGGAACCUUUGUUGACCUUCAGGGAGACAACGACUUCCACACCAACGGGACUGACGUUAGUCUAGAAGGCCUCGGUUCCCUCAGCGGGGGGCUCGGAGCGUCUCUCUGGUCCAGAGCCACAAGCCACCACCCUGCCCCUCCCCCUCCCCCUCCCUCCCCACCGCCAUCUCUUCCCAUGUCCAUGCACCACUCCUCCAGCCGGAAGAUGUCCUCUUCGGUCGCCUAUCACACGCACAACGGCGGCAUGAGCUCAGACAGCUUCAGCUCCAACAGGAAGCCCACCGAGGGCGGCAGCCCCACCAGUCCUUUCAGCACAGGCUCCAGCAGCGCUGGAGGUGGCUUCACCUUCGGAGGCGACUCCACCCCGGGACUUGCUUCCUCAGACGAAUUGGGCUUCGAGUUCAGUGCUUCCAACAUCUGGGCGCCUUUUGUCAAUGGCGGGGCCGGGAGCAAGACCUCCGCGUCUUCUCAACCGCAGCAGCCCUUGCGCCGCAACAGCAGCGGCCUCAGCGGCGGCGCCAUCACCCCGCGACUGUCUCCGACUUUGCCUCAGGAGACGGGCGUGGGCCAGCUGGACCACCCGCUGGCCCGCCGCGCCCAGAGCGACCCCCUCAGCACUCUCUCCUGGCUGCAGUCCGGCAGCACGGGCGGAGGCGGCUCCUUCUCGGGCGCGUCCAGCUCCAGCUCCGGCGGCUCGUCGACCGGCUACUCCUCCUGCUCGGCCUCAUCCCUGCCCGGCGGCUCGCCCACCGACUCCGAGGGAGGCGGCAGCACCGUGGGCAUCACCUCCGGGAUGCUGAGCCACCUCAAAGGCAGCUCCGCGGUGGCGGCACUCGUCGGCGUCGGCCCCGGCGUCAACAGGGACUGCUUUGUGUGUUUCGAGAGCGAGGUGACGGCGGCCCUCGUGCCUUGCGGCCACAACCUGUUCUGCAUGGAGUGCGCGGGGCAAAUCUGCCAGUCGGCCGAACCCGAAUGCCCUGUCUGCCACACUCCGACCACACAGUGCAUCCGCAUCUUCUCCUAAUGCCACGGGCAGCUGAGUGGGUGGAGCUGGGUUAGGUAGCGGGGUAGGGGUGGGGAGGCAGACGGGCACCAGCUGUGGUGGAGUAAAUGGAAGGAAUCACACUAAUAACCUUCACACAGAUGAUGGACCAUAUUAAAUGCAUUAAUAGAGAUGAUGAUACUUUACGGAUGUUGAUAUAUUGCUGAUAACUGUCAAGAUGAAUAAUACCAAUAAUAAUAAUAAUAAUGACUUAUUUUCCGAGGGAAGUGGAUUGAAACUUGUCUGCAGACAGUCGGGGCUCAGACAGUCUCUCAGCGGUGAACUUAUGGAAGGAAACUAGUGUCUUAUAUCUCUUCAGGCCUUCAUUUCGACGUGGAGUGGCCCCCCUCGCGGGCCGCCUACCCGCCUGUUCGUCUCCACGCGUCUUCAUUCUGGCUUCUUCAGAUCUCUGCCUGCUUUUCUCUCUUUCUUGCUCUCUCUCUCUGUCUCACAGCCUUUUUUCCUUUUGACACUUUUGUACUUAACAGAUAUUUUUCGAUAAAGCUGUCAACGAGGCCUGCACUUUUCUACUCCUCAUUUUAACGCCCUCGACUCCCCCGCCCCCCAAUUGUCCUCCGCGCUCUUUCGCUCGCUCAUGCUAAAACAAAAUUUUUUUAUUCCUUUCGUGACACAAAGUGGAAAUGGUUCUUGGAACAUCGUCAUUCUUUAUUUUUAGGUUGGCAUGUUUGUCAGGCACCUAUUGGAAAACACUACACUACUUGAGGAACCUCUUCAGGAUGAAUUCUCAAUGCCACACAAUACUUGGUCAUCCCAUAAAUAAGCCAAAUGAUUACUGGGAACAUGCUCCUCGAUUCAGUUUGGUAACACGUUGGGUGAAAUUUGGAUGAGUCCUCGCCGCAUAAUUAGUGUGGCUGUUUAUUAUUCUGUAAUAAGUGAGAAAUGUACCGUUUUUAGCGACGCUAAACGCCUGCGAUUGUGGUCGGUUUGUAUGUUUAGACUGCCUGACAAUCCCUUCACAUCUCGUGUUUGUGUUAGUAUGAUGCCCAAUCGCACCAGUGCGUCAUCACCUGGAGAGGGCGCCGUUUCAUUCGUCUGAUCCAAAUCGUGUCUGUUACACUUAAAUAUACUCGUUUUUAGUGGGGUUUUUUUUUCUUGUUUUGUUUUUCUUUUAGUAGUUUGACUCUUGUCCGUGUAGUGUGUGGGUAAGACAUAUUUUGAACUCUGACAAGACAGGGCUUUGAUGUCACAUGAGAAUGUUAAGUCCAAUACGGUUUAGGAGAGAAGACGAACAAGGGGCUUGAAUUUUAGUUUUCACGCACUGUAAUCCCUUUGUUAAAAGAAUAACAAAACAGAGAAACAGCUCUUACUGUUUUCGUCUUCCACCCCUCUCAGACAGCAAAGCUGUCUCUCUCAGAUGACACUGUUGUACUUAUAGAUGGAUUCAACGUCACUCCACUUACUUCUCCCCCAAAUGGCUCCUCCCCCUUUGGGGGGCGGUGGUGGAGAUGGAACAGUUUGAAUGGGAGUAAAUGGAUCUCUUGAGGGGCUUAUAUAGUGAUAAAAGUAUAAAAUAAACAAAUGUUGAAUGUUAGCUCUAGGUGUUGUAUCUUUGGAGACGUAGGUUGGCAAGUCUGUACAGAAAACCUUUUAGGUUAAUUGGCCUAAAUGUCGUGACUAUAGCUGGCUUUGACUGAAGUCUAUAAAAGGAGUAUUGAAUCUUCAUAUCUACUUGCAGUUCUUGCAUUGAUGGCGCCUUGGAUGAGCUCAUCUUCCUGCCGCCACAUAGCCAAUCAAAACGCAGGGAUUCCUCUAAUUUCGAGGGGAGUCCCCCACAAAGGAUGUGAACAUUCUCCCUUCUCUCAGCAGCAACCAGGGGGAGCCAGCUCUCCUCUGACUACACACGCAUGAAAGUCGUAGAAAACCCUGUUUAAACUGCAGUCGAAAGAUUAGUUGUAUCUCCUUUCUUAUCUCUGCUUUUUUUUUUUUUUUAAAGUUUUGUCGUCUGCCUUCAUGGCUCACAUUAUAGGAACUGAGACUGUGUAGACAUAACUUCAUGCAUUUCUCCCCCCGGUAAUUAACAUUCCAUGUGAUUUAGAAUGAUCAACAUGAGUUGACGAUUAAAAGAAAGUGAUGAGAAAACACUUGGAAAACCAUUAAGUUUGAAGUAACCAUAAUACAUACACUGGCAUAUCUCAUGGUUAACAAUUGUAUUUUACAGAUCACGUAUCUCAUGAAUUAAAAAUAUAAUUUAGAACAAACGGCAGCUAAAAAAAAUGAUAUAUUAAAUGCUUAGUCCUAAAACGUACUGGUUCACCCCAAUGGAGGAUGGCUGAAGUGAUUAGUGUAACGUUACCAAUUGGCAACAAGAAGCUCUGUAGUAUAAUGUUUGACCUCGUCCGCGAUGGUAUCCAGACACCUAAAACUAAUAGACAUUUGUUUGUUUUAUGCUUAUAUUGUACCCUGGACCCCAGAAGUUAGCUUUACUCCCAUCGACUUUCCAUUACUCCCCCAGAGGGGCCCCAAGUACCCGGAUGUGUUAAAUCUGUCUAUACCGCGCUGUACUCUCCACAAAAUGUAGUGCACUAUAUAGUUAGUAGUUUGAGAUUCGUCCUGUGUUUCAUAGCAUUACUCCAAUAAGGCAGGCACGUCCUGUUCGCUGUUUGUGUUUUAAUUUUUUAUUUUUUUUCCCUUGGAGGAAAAAAAAUAAAUAAAAAAAUCGAGUUUGCAGUAACUGCCUCUCAUAGUGUUAAAAAUGCUGCAUUUCAGGCGGCGGAGUUUGUCUCGGUGGCCCCCUUUCUUUUUUUUUUUUUUUCCUCUCUCUCAUAGAAUGAGACAAGCCAUGACAACUAAAAUAAACAUUCUCAAGGGCUUCCUCUGACUACACACACACACACACAUAAUCACACAUGUUCAGGCUCACACCGUAUAGGAAGAAUCAACUUAUCCUUUAUGGCAGCUAGUAGCUAGGUCAUCCAGGGCUUCCAGACACUUCUUGUGUUCCAAUCCCAGCAGCUGCAGAAUGUUUUUUGCUGUUUUUAUGUUGAAUCAGUUUUCCAGUCGUCCCUCAUCUCAUUCGGGUCCUGUUGGUGUGUAGUGUGACGUUCCCCACUGACCAGGACAGGUUGCAGGGUUUAUGUUUUUAUUUAAAUUUUUUUUUUUUUUUUAAAGAGACUACGAACAGUGAUUUAUACAAGUUAUGCUUUUGGUGCUCCAGUUAGUUUCAGUAUGAUUGCAGUUCAUUGCUGCUUUUUCGAAAGGUUCGCAUUCAUACACACACACACAUAUAUAUAUAUGGUUUUUUGUUGUUUUGUUUUAACUGUAGGAGAAAAUGUGACCUUGAGCUGGAACAUGCGAAGUCUCUACAAAGACUCAUCCAUGGUGCUUUUGGUGCAACUCCCUACUGAGUCUCAGACGAACAAACCCGCUCGUUACAGCGAGGGGCCGCCAUUUACUUCUCAGAACGACAACAACCACCGCCACCCCGGGUGCACCGUAGACCCGACGGGUCGUCCCCCCCCCGCCCCCCCUCCCCUCCCGCCCGCGCUCGUUCUCGUUGCGUUCCGACCGACGACAAGCCCGCCUUUUCCCGCCCUUCCCGUCGGAUCCGUUGCUGUUGUUUCGCGUCUUCAAACUGGGACCAGAUGCCGGGCUGUCUGAAUGAGCACAUCUGUGAUGACUGGUGCGAGUCUGUUGAGGCCCUUUCUUUGAAACUGUCCAGACUGACGUGUCGAAGAAUAAAUUGUUGUAUUCUGCCAGAUGGGUUUUCAUGUUAAAUCUUUGAGGGUUUUUUUUUUGUUUGUUUGUUUUAUCCCCCUCUGGCCAACGAGCAAAUGUUAGGGUUGAUGUACAGUAAUUUUAAAUGUUAAAAAGGUACAGUUUUUUUUUUUAUUUUCAGAUUGACUUUUUAAUGUUUCUUUUUUAGCUAAUUGUGUCCCCAUCCCCCAAUUCCUUCCUUUAAGGUUUGAAAACAGGGUUUCCUGAGGCAUGCUAGUCAGUGACCUCCAACCUUUUUUUUUGUGAUUAGAGGGGGGAUGCUAAGAGAGCCGUGCCAGGAAAGGGGUAACAGACUCCCCUCAAGCCCCCUGCUCUCUCCUAUUUUUGCUUUAAUUCUCUUUGUAUGCAGAACCAAAAUGUUUAAACCGUCGGCGAACUAGGUUUCAGGCCUAACCUGUGUGUGUAAAUACCCUGGAUACAAUCAACAGGAUCUUGUUUUUCAAAAGCAAAAAGGACUUAAUUGAAGAUAAGUGUAGUUUCUAAAGAACAUGUAUCAUUAUUUGUAAGUUAACCAUCUGCAUGUCUUCAAAGCCACCCGGCAUUAGCUAAUAAUUUUUAAGAUGAAAAACGAAAAAAAGUUUUUACAUGUUUUAUUUUUUACGAUUUUAUUUGCUUACCUAAAUAUCCCAGACAAUAAUGUGACCCUUUUUAUUACUUCAAAAUUUUUAUUUUUUAUUUUCCACUUUUUUUUUUGUUUUGUUUUGUUUUUGUUGUUGUUUUCCUUUAUUUCCUGUGUACUACAUAUAGGCAAUUUAUAACAAAAUGAGAAAAAUUAUUGAAGAAAUUUUAAAAUUGAAAUAUAUUUUAUUUGAAAGUUUAUGGACCUUUUAACCGUGAGCCGGAGAAAUUGUAUAAUCGUAUAAUUUGAGCUGACUUAACGGUUAUGAGAAAUGUAUCAAGAGUUUUAUUUUUUAUGCUUCUUUAAUAAAGUCUUGUUUUUUGGUUUCAUUUUUUUACUGUAAAAAAAUACCAGCUUGCGUCUUUUGUCUUUAUUUCUAAGGGGCUGGUUGGGUGGAGGCGCUGAGGCGCAGCUGAACCACAUGGUGGCAGCAGACACAGCUGCAGCCAAAUCGAAGCCUGUAUAAUGGAGGGGUGUGUAAUCUGCAAACGCACUUCAUUAGCAUUGAGUUACGGCUGAAGUUUAAGAAAUAUGACUCUUGUAAAAAGGUAAUUUAACUUAGUAUUUCAAUUCGACAAAAGGGACUUGUAUUAAAUAAUUUAUAAAGAUGUAUUUUAAGUCGGAUGAAUAUGGCUUAGAGAUGAGAAUCUAAAAUGCAGUAAAUCAGAUGUUUUGAUUACAAAACAUUUGGGGUGUUUUUCAAGCCUUAAAUGUUGUGUUGUGACCUUGACAAGGGGCAGACUGCUGACCUAGAGUUCCUGCAUGCUUUGGUGUUCAGCCCGUGUUUUAAGCUACACUCUACUGCAAGUCUUCAUGGCUUUGAAUGUCUAGAGAAUAAAAUGGAUAGUGUCUGUACAAAUAUAUUCAUUUUGAUCUAAGCAUAACAGUGACUCUUGAUUUAUGUUGAAAAUAAACCAAGAGGUUACUUCAAGAAGGUAUUGGUUGCAAGGAUUUUUAUGAAUAAGGACAGGCGAAUACAAAUGCAGGCCACACUUUUCAGAUCUUCUGGGUCUGCUCAGAUCUCCUUCCAAGUGGAAUGUACCUGCAAACCCUCCCUCAGAAAGAUUCCUGGCCAGGAGAUGAACACACACAGCUAAAUUCCUUUACCGUGAAGAGCAGCAGCUGAACUCUGAACCCCUCCGCUACCACGGAGACUCUCGUUGAAUCUUAAGGCCACCUGACGGAGGAGUUUAUUUCAAACGUUUGUGUUCAGGAUCUCGUCCUUCUGGUCAUGAUUCCUUUCCCAACGAUCACUUUGGAGUGUUUUUAUUUGCAUUUUCAUUUCACCUGUUUUCCCUAUCGACAGCUGCAAUUUGUGAUUCGCAGAGUUACCUUCUGACUUGAACAGAUUUUACCUGACGAGCAACAAUUAGCGUUUCCUCACCAUUCACUUUAAAGAUGUAACAUAAUUUAAAAGAAAAAAAAAAGCUUAAAAGUAAAGGUACAGGGAGACAUUUAGUUUGUGACACAAAAACAUCCUUUUAAUAGGAAGCAGAUCACAAUCAGGCUGCAUUCCAGCUCCGCUUCGUCCUCAUUUAAACAACAAUAACGAUAAGAAACAAAUUACAAACAUCCUCAGUAGAAAAUAAUUCUCUCAUGCGAGUUCUGUGUUCACCCUACAUUCAAACUGAAAACAUGAUUUUUUAAAAUUUUUACUUUUUUUUUUUUUUUUUGAAAAACAAAACAACACACAGAUGGCUUAUUACACAGCUCGGGAAAGUCAGACCAAGUCAGUAAGCAAAAAUAAAUAAAUAAAUAAAUUUAAAAAAAGGUCAAAUAACAUCAAAGAGACACGUGCUGGCACAAUUAAGUUUCCCAUCAUGCAAGUUUUAGUUGACUUUAUUCACAGGGUGGGCAUCGUUGGUCUCCAUAGAGUUGUGUCGGCGUGCAUGCAUGCAUGUGUGUCAUCUCACGUGUCCAUUUUUGUGCUUGAGCUGAGAUCGGUGUGCAGGUGUGUGUUGUCGGUGCGUGUGUGCAGGAGUUGUCCGCACGUCGGCCCAGAAGGGCCGUUGCUGCUGCUGCUGCUGCUGCUGCUGUUGCUUUUUCAGAUCCAGACUGAAAAGGAAGGUUUUUUUCUUGAGCCCUGGGAUCACACACACAACACAUGACAACAGCGUAACCUGCUGGGACUCCUGAAGGAGCACUCCACCGAUUUAUCACUGCACUUUAGUUUUGUUUUCUGCUGUGUUGACAGGAAAAGAAAAAAAAGAUAAAUAAAAAUGAUUCAAGCUUAUGUGGCAGAGCAGAGAUAUCCUUUGUGGGUUUUUUUGGGGGGUUUUUUUUUCCUCCCAUGACCAACAAAGCAAUGAUUUAGUCAACAACAAUUUAGUUCUGGCUAAUGUUAGAAAUUCUGGAAGAUGAGGUAAAAAAUAAAUAAAUAAAUAAAUAAAUAAAAAAUCUAACUCCACGGUAAAGCUUCAGAAUUUUUUAGGUGAGGUUGUGUUCAAAUGUAAGAGGUCACUGCAGUAAAUAAGUGAUUGUUUUAUCGUGUGGUAUAAAUGGGGAGCAAAAGCUAACGGCUGUUCCAAUAAGAAUAGCUUUUCUAGAACAACUUGUACCUUUCUAAAACAAGUACAACCUCAAAAUGUGGCAGAUAUUUAUGUGUCCUAUUUCCCAAGCAUUUAAACUGUCACCACAUUUGGAUGGGGAAGUUAUUUACAAAGGGAAACAAACAGGAAAUGGAGGUAGGAGGCGGUGCACCACCGUGGAUCUUCCUGAGUGAAAUACAUAUGAAGACAAUGUAAAACAAUGUAAAAAUCUAUGAAAUAGCAUUCACUUAAACAUUGGAAUAUGUCAGAUUUUUUUUUUAAGGCUUUACUUUAAUCCACCUUUGUCCUGUUGGCUGUAAGGUUGUGUUUGCAAAGUCCAGUAAGCUACCAGAAGCUUACUGGUAGCUUCUGGUACCAGGAAGCCAUUUGUAGGCAGUCAGGAGGAUUUUUCUUAUUUCUUUUUACCGGUUUACAUUUUUGCUAAACUUCUUGAUUCCUUAACUAAACAUGCCAACUCUUUGAUUGUUUGCAGCUGCACCUAUAAUCACAAUUGCCUUCAGUGGGUGUGUGUUAAACAUGCACCCAAAGAGAAACAGGAUGAAUCUGUAUUAUUUUCCAUUGGAUUACCACGGAUAAGGAAGCAACACGAAUGUGGACGCUACAUUUUCCCGUUGCUUCACGUCAUUCUCCCCAGUCUUUAUAAGAGGAAGUUAGAAUGAAAUUAUCCAAUUUAAAGUGAACAAGAUGAUCUUCCUACAUUUUUUUGUAGUCCAUAUUUGCUCUGUGAGAAACCAUUUGCUUCCAUGUUCGAACACUGGUCUGAGAACCAAAAAGAAAAUCCCUGCAAUGAAUCAUGCAACCUAGGAAGAACAGGUACUUUGACUAGAAAUGCUUUACAUAACGUAUUUAGUUCCCCCUACGUUUCACACAGGAAGAUGAUUACUGGUGAACCUUCUCUUACCUCCACUUGUUGCGUUGGAAACAACCAAUCCCGACAAAAAGGUGGCUUUAAGGUUCGCUAAAUAUUGUUUGCUAAAGGCAGUACGACGUUAUUUCAAGAAGGUAGAACCAGGCUUCGGUCUUACGGUAGUCUCUCUUGGAUUGGCCGCUAGUUUUAGCCUCUGCGGCUAAAUAAUCUGGAUUUAUACAGCAAUGUAACAGCACCUCACUUUAAAAAUCCCGAAGACACGUCUGUUGGGGACGUCUACGUUACUUCACGCAACAAUGCAACACAUUUUCUCGUAUGGUAAUCAGGAAGGUUUUUGAUGUGUAAAAAUCAGUGGAGUUCUCCUUUAAGCGUUGCCAAAGAUUCACAGAGAAACCCAGCAGGGUGUUUAUAUUCUUAUGAGUCAAGUGAAAUCAGUUGGCUUAAAUCAAAGGCAUGAGUCGGUGUCGCUAAGCAAGUCACGGUUUGAGAUUUUCACAAGAGCAGAGAAAACGCUCUGCUGAGGAUAAGUGACAUUCACAGGAUUUAUUUUUGGUAGAUUUUAGCCUCCAAGUAAAGACAACACGUAACAGGCCAAUGUGUGGGUGGCUUUAGUCACUGUCACUAACAUAUAGAGAUACAAAGAGACUGCAAGGCGAGCUUGAUUAUGGCUAUGAGUGUCUGCUUUUCUUUUUUUUUUUUGCAAGAAAAGGUAACGGUUUAUCAACCAUUAUGCCUUAAAAUAAUACUUGAACUUUAUAAAUGCUUGGCGGUGACUUUAAUGGCUUCAUUCUUUGCAAAAAAAUAAUAAGAAAAGAGCUCUGGUUUUGGAGAUUUACCAUUCCUAGAGAAAAAUGCAAAAUCAAGACACUUUCCUUAGGCAAGUAUG